AUGGCGAUAUCUGGUGUUACGCUCGAGGAUAACGUCCGCUGCGCGAUUGAUGAUCUGCGCAUGAAGAAGAGCCGCUAUGUCAUCAUGUGCAUCGGGGCGGACGGGAAGAAGAUUGAGGUGACAGAGGUUGGUGAGCGCAGCGUGAAUUACGCUGAUUUAAAGGAAACGUUUUCGACGGAGAAGCCGUGCUACGUGGCCUUCGACUUUGAGUAUAACGACGCCGGGUCGAAGCGCGAGAAGCUUAUCCUCAUUCAAUGGAUCCCCGACACUGCGAAGCCGCGCGAAAAGAUGAUGUACAGUUCGAGUCGAGAUGCUCUGAGCGCUGUGUCGGAGGGCUACCUCCCAAUCCAGGCGAACGAUGAAUCCGGGUUGGAUGCCGAAGAAAUCGUCCGCAAGGUGAAACUCCAUCGUAGCGUGUAA